UAUCCAGACAUCCACCAAACAAACUUCCUGUUUCUAGCAAUGAUUGACCUGAAAACUUUGAUGUUUUUGUAAUUUAAAGGAUUUUGAAUUUAAUUGUUCUUCAUAAAUGCUAACGAUGGCUAACGUUUGCAAGGCUCAAGACGUAGUGAGAUGUCAGAUGUGUUGUAGCAACGGAGAAUUUCGUUGUCAUUCCUGUUCCAUUAUUCUUUGCGAGUCUUGUGUGGGAAAACAUAUGUCUAGUACAGUGAACAAACUUCAUGAUGUGGCAUCUUUAAUCUUUAAGAAGGACGAUCAGCCAACAUUUCCAGUGUGUUUUGUUCAUGGUCAUCAGAAAUGUGAAAUGUUCUGCUCAAAUUGUGACGUGUCAGUUUGCAGUAAAUGUAUAACAUCUGGUAAUCACAAGUCACAUGAUGUUAAAGAUUUUCUAGAAUGUGUAACUGAACGGCAAUCUAUGAUAAAAAGAGCAAAGCAUGAUGUUACAGACACAGUCAUUCCAACGUUUGAAAAAAUGAAAGAUCGAGUUGACAAAAAGUUAAAUUGUCUUGAUGACGAAUUUGAUAACAUUGAAGAAAAGAUAAACGAUAACGGGCGCAAGUGGCAUAAACUGGUUGAUAGUGUUGUCAAAGACAAUAUUGAAGAUGCAAGAAAAAUGAAACGGUUCAUGCAAAAAUGUCUUAUGAGUAAAAAAGUAGAUCUCCAGAACGUGCUUAAAAAUCUGGAAGAUUUCCUCAGAGGAAUAGACGAUAUAUUAAUGUCAACUGAUGCCCUUGAAGUCCUUCAUCUUAAUGUUGAUAUUCAACAUUUACUUGAAAAUGUAUCAAAAAUCCAAAUUAGAAAGCCUAUAUUUUCUGGCAAAAUAAUUUCAGAGGACGAGUUGAAACAGAACUUUGGCGCGGUAUCCUCUCCCAUUCAAACAACUUUUGACUUUGCUGUCAGGUGUACUGAUCCGGAUGCACGUCGUUCAAAGUCAUUCUGCGACAGUAAAGAUGAUGAAACAUCUUCAUCACGCAGAGAAAGACAAACAGAGAAUGAACAAUCAAUGGAGUCCGCAAGACUAGAGAGGUUGCGAGGUAGAAAUAAGGAAACGACAGGAAGCUGCAAAUUGGGAAUUCGAUCGAGAUUGUCAGAUUCCAACCUGUACAGAAAAAACACAAGACAAGCCAGAGCAGAAAGCAGGUUCUCAGUGUGCGAAUUCAGCGAAUCUACCUUUCACAUCGAGGGCGUUAAACCUCUUUUCCCGGUAUCUCCAUCUAUGAUACGCCUUGAGGAUAUGGUAGAAUUUGAAAGAUACAAUGGUCUUCGAAGCAAUGGCAUUGUCAAAUAUGUUGGCAGAUUAAAAGAUCGGGAUGGAAUCUACAUUGGAGUAGAGCUUGACACUGAAGGUGAUGGAAAACAUGAUGAAAUGAUUGAGGGAGUUCGAUAUUUUAAAUGCAAACCCUGUAGAGGGAUGUUUAUCAAGUUCGACAAGGUGAUCAAUGUGGGGAAGAAAAUCGAAAAAUGAUAGUGAAUGCAAGCAUUGAGCGCUGAAGCUUUAAUCAACAAGGAGUAAAUCUUACAAAAAAAUAUUUUUUAAUGAUUGACAAUCGUUUUAAAAGAUGUUGUUUUGAAAAGAACGAGGGUGCUUUUAAUUGGUAUUCACAGGAAUUUGGGCGUACUUGAAAAUUGAAAAUUUUAUCGGCAUGUUACAUGUAUAUGAAAUUUAAAAAAAUUAUUUAUCGGGUUCCUGUGCAGCAGGAAAGGAAAAUAUUUUUCCGAAAGUGAUCUUGAUUUGUUAAAAAAUAACCUUAAAAGAUGACUAAAUCAGACAUUUGGUACAAAAUG